UUUAUUCGAUAUUAUGCCAUAUAAGUUAGUAUUUAAUAGGUAUGGAUUUAAAACAAUCUUACAACGAGAUUUAUUCUAAAUGGCCUUCACUCAAAAUUGCUAUUGAAAACAAUGAAAAAGGUAUUAGAUAUCAAGAAUUUGUUAAAUGGUUAUCAAAUGUAACAUUUGAACUUAUGGAAGGCAAUCGUAAUAUCCAAUCAACUGAAAUUGAAGAUUAUUUGAUUGAAAUUAUAGAUAAUGAAUUAGAUACAUAUAUUGAGGAUGAUACAUUAAUUCAGGUUAGUCAAGAUAUAUACUUUGUGUAUGAACUAUAUUGCAAGAAAAAAUAUGAUGAAAUUAAAUUAUUUUUAUUAAAUAUUCCAACACCAUGUGAUUUGACUGCUACUACUAUCAGUGAAGAUAGUUCACACGAGGAAAGUACCGAUGAUAUAACUGCGAUCCAAAAUAAUAACAAUCAAAGCAUGCUGUACAAAAAUGAUUCUCAAGAAAAUUUGAUUACCGCGCAAAGUAAAGAAGAUCUAGAUGAAGAAUGGAUAACUAUUGGCCCAAAAUAUAAAAAUUUAUAUAGGAAGAACUAAAAUCUAUAUAUUUCAUAUGAUAUCAAUAAGUUUUAAAUGAUACUAAUUAUAAAUAUUCCAUUUU